ACUUCCGAUUAAGUCGCUCCCGAAAAAUAUUAGUCUUUGACGUUGACUCAUAGGCUCCACACUACCGUCGAGCUCACAUCCUACAUUCCCUACUCGUUCAGACUCAUUUCUAAUGGGCGAACGACAACAUAUAUUCGUCAUCACUCGCGUCCGGACAGCGGGUUCAGGAUCUACCAAGUACCGCUGUGUGGCAGCAUAUCACGUCACGCAAUGUCAAGGCGCGAUGGCGCUGUGCUGUCUUUAUCGCUUUCUUGGCGUAGUGAAGCAUGGGAGUAAUAGGGAAGUAAUAGAAGCAGAAACAAGCGCUCUGCACGAGAAGUAUUGCAGUAACGAGGAUCUACCAGCUGUCUGUUGCCCCUUCAUUACUUUCCUCAUGGCUAUGUGCUGGAGCACAAAGUUCAUCACCCCUGGCAACCCAAAUGUUGGGUAUACUCAAUAUUCUCCACUCGAUGAGAAUAUUAUUAGAAACGGCGGAACAGACGAUCAACAAGAUAUUACUGUGAUUGACCUCACCGAGGUGAGGUCGCCAACAUAUUGCUUCGUUCAUGUCGCAAGGACGGCAAACAGCGGUGUGGAUGGAGGAAUCCCACCUCCACGCGUGCCGCUCUCUGCGCGCCAAUAUCUGCAUGCAUAUACAGACGGUGAUUUACACGACGAUGGGCAUGUCACAAAACUUGACAGCGUAAAGCUGAUAAACCUGGAUACUCUGAUAUCAGUUUGGCCAAAGGAAUACAAGAGGACUGAGAUUCCCCAAGACGUUACUUCUUCGGGAUCUGAGGCUUUUGACUUCACGCUCAGCGAGCAGGUCAGAAAGCUCGUCGGGAUGCCUCUGCUACAAUCAGUCGCACCAGAGCUAACGAAGAAGUCAAAUGCACGAAUUCCAACCAUAACCAUUACACAGGAUACCCAUGACGCAUACGACAUCGAACAAAUGUAUGAUCUUUGGCGGGCUGGGAAAACGUUUCAGGUCUACGGCGCCUUGCAGGAAUUAGUGCCAUUUCCUCGUAACGGAAUGCCGUUAUUGCACAGUGUUGUCAUGAAGAAGUUGAACGACAAGAAUGGCCUGCUAUCACUUGCGGACAUAGCUCUACGAGACAAUCAGGUCGAAGAAAUUUUGAACAUGCAUGGGAACAAAAUGAGAGGACUCGAUCUAUCCCAUAAUUCCUACCUCACGGCGAAGAUCGUCCCAAGGAUCCUGCAGCUUGCUCCGCACUUGAACAAAUUGAUAACUCUAGGUUGCCCUUUAAUAGAAAAUGACGACGUCUAUAAGCUCCUGCGGGACAAUAGGCAUCUUUUUCGCUCACUCGAUGCCUUAUUGCAUCCCUCUCUUUUGCAGCCUCUGGAGCUUGCGUGUGAAAACGCUCCCUACCCCAUUGCUUUCUCUUACAUACGAGCCUCAGGCACGCAUAGCCAUCCGGUUGCAUGCGCCCUACCAUUGCUCCAGCCGUCUGUCAUAAUCCGCGCUAUCCUAGAUCUGGUAGCAUCGUUCCAGCCGUCCGUCAUCACCCGCGCUAUCAUAAAUCUCGUAGCAACCGGCCCCAGAGAUUCCUCAUGGCAACUUGAUCUUCUGGAACGUGGAUCCGCUGUCACUCCUGUCACUUUGUUCUCUGGGUUCCGCGAAGCACAUAGCGAGAAUAGGGAGGUUACGUGUAUCCCGCAGUAUUCACUGCGAGGUCUCCAAGGAGAAGGCUGGGUGUUUGCAUUGUAUACUCCACCGAGAGUGAGCUCUGGGGACGAACUGGAAAGAGAUCGACGCCAUGCGUAUGCAUUUAUACGUUUCAAACCUCCCAAGAAAGUUGGAGAAGGAGAAACGACUGGUCCUGGUCUCAACGUCAAUGUGGAGGGCGCUGAGAUCCAUACAUUUCGGUCAUGGCUCGACCAGCUUGAAUUGGAGCACGGACAUACUGCGCCUGCUGAGCUGGUCCAGGAGCUUGACCAUCGUCUUUUGGACCUUCAGCUGGACGUCAAUUAUGGAUUAAAACCAAUGCUGGAAGAUGAUCUUCUUGCUUUUGUGGAGAGCAUUCGGAGAUCGCAAUAAAGUGCAGGAUAGCCGCGCGACCACGGCAGUAAUAAUGAGAGAUCGUUUGGCUAUAGUGCCUCGAAGUCAAUAAUGUUAUGCAUGCUUAUUAGCAUACAAGCACUCAUGCA